CUCUCUCCCUCUCCCUCCCUGAGCAAGUUGCAACAGGAACUCAACUUCCUAAAGCGCAUCUCAGAGAAACCCGCAUCAAAGCGGUGCAAUAAUUCAGCGCUGACGCUCAGAGCGACGGAACAGAAAUCUGCAUGUGUUUUACGAGGAGUCCGGAUCUCCCCUGCCAAGCCUACGUUAUAAUCUAUAUGGGACGAGGACGGACACAAUUGACGUCAAACAUUAAGAAAAUCGGCACUGCAAAUGGGUUUUCAAAGUCCUGCACUAUUUGUUAAAUCAGGUAGUUUAUGAAGCUGCUAGCAAAGCGACAUUUCCAAGUUUAGUAUGAGGAAACGCAAGGCUUGUUAUUCCUUUUUGUCAACAAUUUUUCCAGUCGAACUGACCUUUAUGUAACUAUGAUCUAACUAAAGGCGCUGUGUUCUUUCUGUGCCGGCUCAGACUUUGCCUGAGAGCAUCACCCGUAUAAAGCACCUGAAGGACUCAUUCAGCGGCGACGGCAUCACCAAUGGCGUGAGCGUGAUCCUCCGGUUCAUUGUCACUGCAAUGGAUGAUAAAUCCAACAAACUCCUUUUAGUUCCUGUUUUGACCGUUUUGUUUGUCAUGAUCGGCUAUCAGUACAUCUGUCCAGCUGGGAGCACGUCCUGUCGGUUUGGGAAUGGAGAGAGUGUUCAGUUCUCCAAAUAUCCCCGAGAGCCUCCGGAUCCGGACGAGGACGGUUCGUUUAGAUUCCAGUCCAAAUUUAACUUCACGCGCGAAGACAUCGAACGCCACGUGAAUUUCGACAUUAAGGGAAACGACGUGAUCGUGUUCCUCCACAUCCAAAAGACCGGAGGAACGACGUUCGGGAGACACCUGGUGCGGAACAUCCACCUGGAACGGCCGUGCGACUGCCGCGCCGGCCAGAAGAAAUGCACGUGCCACCGUCCCGGGAAAGCGGAGUCGUGGCUCUUCUCGCGCUUCUCCACGGGCUGGAGUUGCGGUUUGCACGCGGACUGGACCGAGCUCACGACCUGUGUUCCUGCUGUGAUGAAUAAAAAGCAAAAGAAAGAUGCGGCAUUGAACAGUCGGAACUUCUACUACAUCACGCUGCUGCGGGACCCCGUGUCGCGUUACCUGAGCGAGUGGAAGCACGUGCAGCGCGGAGCAACGUGGAAGACGGCGCUUCACAUGUGCGACGGGCGUCCUGCCACCCCAGACGAGCUGCCGUCCUGCUACAGCAGCGAGGACUGGACCGGCGUGUCCCUCGAGGAGUUCAUGGUCUGCCCCUCAAACCUGGCCAACAACCGGCAGACUCGUAUGCUGGCCGAUCUCAGCCUGGUGGGCUGCUACAAUCUGUCCUCCAUGAGCGAAGAACGGCGCGCCGAACUGCUCCUCAGCAGCGCCAAGCGCAACCUGCGGCGAAUGGCCUUUUUCGGCCUGACUGAGUUCCAGCGCAAAACGCAGUUCCUUUUUGAGAGGAUGUUCGGCUUGCACUUCAUCGCCGCCUUCACUCAGAUUAACGGGACCCGGGCGGCCGGGGUCACGGUGGGGACGUCCACCCGGAGGCGCAUAGAGGAGCUCAAUGCGCUAGACGUGCAGCUGUACGAGUACGCCAGGGAGCUUUUCUCACGCCGCGUGCAGUACUGCCACCAUCAGGAGCGGCAGGAGGAGAGGGAGAGGAAACGAGAGCAGCGCAGGAGAAUGAAGCAACAGAAAACCUCACAGAUUCAGCAACAGGAGGACGGCGAACGAAAGGAUGCAGAGGAGGAGAUGGAGUUAGCUGGGGUGACGGAGGACUACAGCAGUCAGGUGGUCUCCUCCUCCUCCUCUUGUGUCUGAUGGUCAGUGAACCCAUUUAAGAACAUCACAGAACUUUACCAGCAAUUGUAAUGUUUUAAUCCAUUCUGAUGAAAUUGGGAACUUGUUUCACCUUACAGUUUAUUGUCAUCACAAUAUGGUGGACUUAUUAGAAAAACUGACUAUAAUAGCCAAUGAAGUGACCUAAAAGGAGCAACAUCUGAAUGUUAUUUGACUGAAAACCAUUUUGCAAUACCAAUGUUUUUCUGGUUUGGGAAAAUGUUAAAAUAAGGGACAUGUAUGUGUACAGUGGACACGCGUCCAAAAGUUUGAUUGACCAGUAUGUCUACUUGAAUCUUUUUGUGUUUGCCUGUUUUACUCAGUUUGUAAAGGAUGUGAGAUUGUUGGAUUAUACAAAUGAAAAAAAAAAAAAAAAUAGAAUGAGAA